UAGCUAUCAUAACAAACUAAUUAUUUAAUUUUUUUUUUCUUUCAGACAUUAAUUUUAAUAGAAGAUCUGAAUCAAGAAUUACACUAAAAAGAAUCAAUCUUCCUAUAUCCCGGGUUACUGAUGUCUAUUAUAUAUCAAUUUUUAGAGGAAUAAAAUUGAUACAACCUUUUAACAAUGUUGGAAUUGUUUAAAAAUAUUGGAAGAGUUGCUGUUUUUGUGGGGGAAAUUAUUUUCAUUAUUUUUAAGGACAUCAUACAUUGUUUUUUACCUCAGAGGAGAAAAUGUUUGUAUGAGGAUGAAAUAAUUUUAAUCACUGGAGGAGGAAGAGGUAUAGGCAGAAAGCUGUCAUUGUGCUUUGCAAAGUUCCAUCCGAAACAUGUGAGGAAAUGUACUUUUUAAGUGUUCUUUGAUAAUUAUUGUCAGAGUAUUAAAUAGUGUUUUAUAGCAACUUAAUAUAAAUCGGGGUUUAUUUAUAAAAAGUGCUAGAAAUGUAACAGGAUAAUGUGGAAAGGUGGUCACACAAAUUUAUAUUUCUCCGGAUCAAUACAGAAAUUUAUCUUAUCACAUUGUUUGAUUGGCUGGCAGAUACCUAUUAGGUUGUCUUAAACAGAUUUACAUAUUUUGAAAUACCAGUAUUCCUAAUAUAUUACAGAUUAUACUAUGGGGAAGGACACAGUCAACAUUAUCAAAAACAGCAAAAGAAGUCCAAGAUCAGGGUGUAAACUGCUCUUACAUGGUGUGUGAUGUUAGUUCUAGAGAGCAGAUUUAUUCACUGGUAAGAAUUAAAACUAAAGUGGUAAUAAACCGAUUCCUCUGACUUCUAUUUAUAUAUUUUGUUUUUUUCACCGUUAUCAAUUUUUGUGGCAUAAGUUUGUACAGUGUAGCAGUUGCAAAUUUAAAGAAAUCUUUGAAUAAUGAUGCCUCCCUGCACCAUUUUAAUUGUUUUGAAUACCGGUAUUCUACACUAUAUGUGUCAGAAUUCUUAAAUUUGUGCUCAUUAUUCCAGGUAUUACAUAAUUGUUAAUCUAUUUUUAAAAAUUACAUUCUUUUAAUUCUUCCUUUUCUUCUCUUCCUUUUGAACUCUCGGUGGAGCUUAGGCCAUUAACAAUUUCUUUCCAAGCCUCUCGGUCUCUUGCUUUCUUCUCUAACUCUUUCCAGUUUUAUUACAUUACUUGUCAGCCUCUUUUUGCUAGGUGUUUUGGGUCUUCCCUGUCAUCUUGAUCCUCGAGGGUUCCAUACCAUUGCUUCUCUUGUUAUAGUUGGUGUGGGGUUUCACAUGACAUGACAUAUCCACCACCACUAUCUUUUCCGGAUUUCAUAAUUCACUUGGAUUUGUGAUGUCAUUUCCUUCACUGCUAUAUUUUGGAUUUUGUAGAACCACCAGAUGUUGAGGAUUUUAUGCAGGUCUUUUCAUUUUAUCAAAGAUUUAACACUUUUUCUUUUAGGGCAAAGAGGUUGAGGCAAAGUUUGGACAAGUGACUAUGCUAAUCAACAAUGCUGGUGUCGUACACCCUAAUUCAAUCCUCAACAGUAAUCCCGAAGAAACUGAAAAAACUUUUAGAACUAAUGUCCUAGCACAUUUCUGGGUGGGUACUCAUUAAUAGAAAAAAACCAGAUCAACUAUUAAUUUCAAUGACAAGAGUUUAUUGUAUCACAAAGCAAGGACAAAAUUUCACAUACAGCUUUAAAUUCUGAAAGCUUGCUGAUUACACUAAAUGAUCUCAUCAGGAUAUUUUUUAUCGUUAUAGUUAUAGUAAGGUAUGUCACAGACUAACAUUUACAGUUUCUGGUGUGCAACAAGAAGUAGAGAUGAAAUAUAAUAUUUAAAAAAAAAAUGAAAUAUAUGAUUUAAAUUAAAAAAGUAUUUUUAGGUAAAAAUAUUAAAUACAGUUAAAAAUGGCAUGCUGAUCAUUAAACUAAAUCUCUUAAUAAUUAAAUGUCUGAAUAUUUCCACAGACCACAAGAGCAUUCCUGCCUGGAAUGAUUAAACAGAAUAGAGGUCACAUAAUUACUAUUAGCUCAGUGCUUGCAAUAACCGCGCUCAAUGGUGCAUCCGACUACUGCAGCUCUAAAUUUGCAUCAUCUGGAUUCUCAGGUUUAUUGAUAGAUAUAUUACACGUACACAUGUUACAAUUCUGAAAUAAAAUUAACUUAUUUUUAAAAUAUUGUUUCCAAGUCCAGUAAUAAGAUUCAGCUAGGAAUAUAUUGAGAUUUUAUUGUCAGAGAUGUUUCCUGUAAUGUGAAAUGAAUUUAAGAAGAGAAAAAAAAUGCCUUUGAAUUAUCAUUUUGAAAUCUCAUCUCACAUUUCAAUUUAAAUUGUAAAAAAUUAAUGUAUAGAGUUCAAUAUGAUACCAGUUAUGUUUUAACUUCAUUCUUUCUUUUACAGAAGCCUUGCAAGAUGAACUAAAGAGCACAGGAGUAUCAGGUGUCAAGGUGACAACAGUGUAUCCAUACCACGUAGAUAAUGAUAUGUUCUCAGGUAUUUCUACGAGGUAAGAUAUUAAUUUUUAAAAUAAAUACUUUGUUCUCAUUAACUUGUAACUAAACAAAACAAUGCAAAAUGCCUCUGCUGUGUCUGGCAAGACAAAAUUGAAAAUGUUCUCCCUCUUUAAAUUUCGAAUAAAAUACAAUUAUAUUUUUUAAAAUAUUUUGUGAACAUGACAAAUAAAGGUAUUUUUCAAUAAAAAUAUACAGUUUUUUUUCUCAGAGUUGCCGUAUGAAAAUGUAAUUUUAUAGGGACUAUAGGAAAAGAAAAACUAUGUAUCAUUAUACUGGCUUUUAUCAGUGUUUAUAAAUGGUUAUGACUGGUUUUACCUAAACGUCCAAGUUUGAGGAUUCACAUUGUGAGAUCAAAUGUGCAUAAAUUGCAUUAGCUGUGAAUCAAGAAUUGCACCCGUGCUUCUCUGAGGCUUUACACCCAAGCUUGUCUGAGGUAUUACACUCAUGCUUGUCUAAAGAAUUACACCUAUGCUUGCCUGUUGAAUUACCUUUUCUUGUCUAAAAAGAAUUACACAUUUGCUUUUCUAAAGAAUACACAUGCCUGUCUGUGGAAAUACACCUAUGUUUUUCUGUGGAAAUACAACAUAUUUUGUUUCCAUUAAAACCCAACAGUUCAAAUUUUUUCAUUUUACUUCACCUGUAGGUUUCCUCAGAUAUUUCCUGCCAUCAAUGAGGACUACCUUUCUGAGAAAAUUGUUGAUGCCAUUUUAUGCAACAGAGAAAAACUGAUUGUGCCAAAACUUAUGUAUCUUGUAGCUUUGUUUUAUAGGUAAGCUCAAAUUUGUUUUUACUCUCAUGGCUAAAAAAAUAUGACAUUAUAUUUUUUUACAAUGGUCUUUUAAUUGAAAAAAUAUUAAUUAUUCAUAUUGAAUACAUUGACAUUGUUGUUGCAUUGGACUGGCAAAAUUUUAAACCUUAUGUCACUAGUAGCUUUGGCAUAGCAUAGCAAUAAUUAAAAAUAUAUGAAAAAUUAUCUUAUCAUUCACCUCUUGCUCUCUGAACAGUUGUUCUAUUAAAUGUUUGUGGUCUGAUUUCUUCAAAUUAAUCUACAUUUGAUGAAUGGCAGUUUUGUCCGGAGCAUGUUCUCUGGAUCUGUGUCACCAGAAAUUUGAUGUUUAAACAGCGCAUCUGAAAUUGACAGAUGAAUGAAACUUGAACUCAAAUUUUUGAAGACUUGCCAUAUUGAACCUACAUUUAAAUUAUAAUUUCAUAAGUGUCUUGCAAUGACAACUUUUUAUCUGAGUCCAUCUUUGGCAAGUCAAAAAUUAAUAAUUAUUAUUAUAUUAUAUGUAUUUUAAGAAAUUCAUAUAUUUUUUAUAAUACCGGGUAUCCAAUUUCUACUGGAAUUAGGAUGUUAACAAUUUCCUGUUACAAGUUAUUCAUUGAUUGCUUUGUGUAAUAAACCACUUUACAUUAAUAAAACCAUUUUACAUUUUGCAAGUCUAAAGUAGCAAGUGGCUCUAAGGUCUUGAGAAUUUUAUGUGUUAUUUGGUUAAAAAAGCAGUUUAAAAAACAAAAGCCUAAAUAUUGUUCCGUGAUUUAAACUAAAUCUUCUCAGCAUUGCUCCUGUGUCAGCUGUUAUCCCGAUUAUGAAAUUCACCGGAGUUCACAAGGCAAUGGAUCAAUUUCAUGAGCAUCACAAGAAACCAUCAUCUAUGAGUAUGAGCUGAAAUCACUCAACAGUCAGUUGUUCACAAAUAUAUCAUUUUCUUUACACUAUAUUUUGCUUGAAAUGUAAAGAAGAAUAUUCUUUUGAAUGGAAUUUUUUCUAUCAAAAGUAAUCUUAAGAAUAUUACAAUUUAAAGCAUUGUACCGGUAGCUACAGUGAUAAGACAUUGAAAAAAUUAAUAUAAAUAAUAGAUAAAUCCUUCAAGAAAUAUGUUUGCUUUAUUUGUAUCAAAUGGGUACUUAUGUUAUAGUGAUGAGCAGUAUAUGAUUUAGCUAGCUUGCAUCAAAGGUGUAAAGAAUCGGACUUAGUGACUGAACAUCUAUGGGUCGCUUCCAUGAUCUUUAAGCAGCUAACAGUAACACUCGAUUCCACAGUCAUUAGCUCUACAGGAGCCAAAGAUUGAUGUUGCGAUGUAACCUAAAUUUUACUAACUUUUUUUUUUUUUAAAGCCUUGGUGUCAAAAAGUAAGUUUAUGUACUACAAAAGAAAAUUUAUUUACUUAUUACUUCAUGCAAGAUAAAUUAAUUCAUGUCAAAAUUUACAAAUGGAACUCUUCUUCAAUUUUUUUACAUGUAUAUCCUUACUUUUAAUUUAUUGUAUAUUUAUGUCAGAGUUGGGGCAUUUUAACCAUUAUUUUUGUACAAGGGCAGUACUCAUUACAUUCUUCUAACUCAACUUAAUAAGAUAUUUUUAAAAAGUAUUGGCACUUUAUUUCACAAAUAAAUUUUUUCAUAAAUAGAACUGAAGUCGAAUUUGUUCCUCAAUUGUAACUAAGUUGCUUCACUCUUUUCUCUGAUUUAAUAGCAAUGUAUUUUACAUUUAAAAUUAAAUAUUAUUCAAGCUCACUUUGUUGAUGAGGGUUUACAAUUGUUAAAUCAAUAUUAUUUGGGUUUUCUCAAAUAGCUGAAAGGUUAUUUUAUUGUAAAAAUUAUUAGCCAAAAAGUCACAAUAUUCAUUUAAGUAUUCAGUCAGAUAGAGCACAUUUUUUUAAAAUGUUAUAUUGUAUGACUUACCCCCCUCCCUGUCUUUUUAAACUCUUACCUCUUUAAUUUCAUUUAAAUGCUCCGUGAACAGCCAUAUUAUUUUAUUUUAAUACUUUACUAUACUCUUUGUAAUAUAAAAUGUGAUGUGCCAACACUCAAUGCAAUUCACAAUAACUUUUUUCCUAUCUCAACUGUCUAUACAAUUUUACCAGUUUUAAAUAUAUCUUAACCUAAACCGCAAACCUUUUUUAAACCUGUGCUAUUUACAGUGCGGUCUGCAGACAAAACGUCAACUAUUUUGUUUACCUCCUGACAGAAAGGUGUGAAAUGAUGAUUACUAACCAAUUUGUAUUUCUUAUGUUGACACACAUUUUAGAUUGGGUUCAUUUUUUAAAGUGACUACAUGCUAUAAAUUUGUAGUCAAAUGAAUCUAAAUGUGGGAGUAGCUGAAUUAUUUAAGCAGUAGAUGUGGAACAUGGCAAAUUUUUAACAUCAUUGAUUUCUUUUUUAACAAGCAAAACUCUCGAAUGGAGGUUACAAGAUAACAUGUUCUACUUUUAUAAUUACUAUUACUAUUAAUUAAAAUGGUGCUCUACUGCUGCUUAGAUUUCAUUUUACUGAAAAACUUUUCCUAAGAUUUAUAAAAAAAAAGAAAAUUGUUUAUUUGUCAUAUAUUUGUCAUCCUGUUUCUUAUUUAAGAUGAGGAUUUAGAUGUUUUUUUUUAAAUUGGUAAAUUAUAAUGCUUGUAGAUACUUGCUUCUUCUAUGCAGCAAAAAUUAUCUUGUACUUUAUUUAUUUUUCUUCUUUAUUUUGUCUUAGCUGAUUAUCAAAUCUACUUUUCUUAAACUCUUGGUUUUUCUUUAACAAAAGUAUGUUCACUCAGGGCAAGAGGUAAUGUCUGCGCUGUAAAAAGAAAAUUGUUAACAAGUCAUAAUAGUCAUUCAUAUUUCAUUCAACAAGAAUAUUGUCGUGAAUGUCUUUGAGACCAUUUAUAUAAAUAUUCAUAUUUUCUUAAUUGUAUGCAAUCUGUGUUAUUGUGUAUACAACGUUAACCAGGUUAAGGCUGCUAUAGAUAAUAUCCACUAAUUAAACUUAAUUGGAUAAUUUACUUGGAUAUUCUAUGCGUGACUGCUUAUACUUCAAAAUUUUUUAAUCUCUAAAUAAAUUUAUU